AUGCAUUUUACAAUCUAUAAUGUACAAUCAAACAUUCUGAAUUUAUGUGAUAACUUGUGGAAAGAAAUUCGACACAAUCGCAUUAUGGCAUUUGCACCAAAGCAAGAUUGUUCUGUAGACAAUUACUACGCAAUCAAUCGAAUUUUAUUAUUAUGUGUCGGUUUAUGGCCAUAUCAAAAAUCUAAUUGGAGAUACAUUAUAAUAACAUUUUUUACUAUAACAUUCAUAUUGUCCAUAGUAUUUCAGUUAACAACUUUUAUCACGACACAAUACAACACAGAUAUUCUUCUACAUGUCCUCGCAUAUAGUGUCCCAUGGCUAGCCUACACGUUAAAAUAUAACGCUCUCUGCUUAAACUUAAGACAUAUACGAGAUCUUAUGGAUCGGAUAUAUUACGAUUGGAAUGAGUUAAAUAACGUGCAAGAACUUGAAAUAAUAAAAAAAUAUUCGGCUCUUGGAAGAUUUAUCACAUUGAUUACAACAUUGUUUAUUUAUAUAUCUAUUUCCUGCUUCGUUCUGAUACUGUUUCUGUCAAAUUUUCUUCUAAAUAUUCCAACUACUAUGAACGAAUCUCACCCACGACAACUUCCUGUCCUAAUGGAAUAUUUUGUAGAUCAGCAAAAAUAUUUUGUUCCAAUUUUUGUUCACAUAUGUGUUAUUAUUGUGUGUGGUCUAACUACUGUGGCAGCCACUGAAACGCUUUUUAUGUCAUAUAUACAACAUACAUGUGGAUUAUUCGAAAUAGCUUGCUGUCGCAUAGAACAAGCCUUACACAAAGACACGAUACAGGGUAUUACAUCUUUCACCAAAAGAAAUUCAGUAAUAUGUCAAGGAAUAAUCAAUGGGUUCUAUAUGUACAAAAAAGCUAUCGAAUUUAUUGAAAUUUUAAAAACAAAUUGUAAAUUGGCAUAUUCAUUAUUAAUGCCAUUGGGGGUACUGUCGCUGAGCGUUAAUCUCUAUCGCCUUUCUCGAUUGAUAACGUCUAGGGAAUAUUACGAGAUGAUUAUUAGCUUCACGUUCAUUGUUGGCCAUUUUUGGUACAUGUUUUUCUGCAAUUAUGUAGGACAAGAAUUGAUCGAUCAUAGCAGCGAUAUCUUUUAUAGAAUAUACAAUGCGCGAUGGUAUGUAGCUCCGUUGAGAGCACAGAAAUUAUUGCUACUUGUGAUGCAAAGAAGUAUGCGACAUUGCACGAUCGUCAUUGAUGGCUUGUUUAUUCCAUCAUUAGAGGGAUUUGCUACGCUUACAAGUAUGUCAAUUUCAUACUUUGCAAUGAUUCUUUCCUUGUUUUGA